AUGCCGUCUCAAGACAUGUGGUGUGAUGACUAUCAUGUAUUCUUUGACUCCAGAAUGGUUAUCACUCAAAAGCAAUCUAGUCAUCUGCAGUUGUCUCCAACUCCAGAAGACACUCCCAUCGAGUUAGAUAUAAGAGAUCCAAUCUCUGAAUGCUCCUCCCACUUAGGAAGACGGGCAAUUUACUGGUCUCAGCGAGGAUUCUUUUAUCAAUUAAGUUAUGAGGGGUCUCCUAGAAACCCUUUCCAUCAUCCAGGAAGGACCUCAAAUCCGUGGGUUCGAACAAUGAUGUAA